GAGCGAGAGACGGGGAAGAGAUAAAAGAAGAGAGAAAGGGGGAGAAAGCACAGUUUUAAGACAGCCUUGUUAUGACGACUGUCCCUUUUCCGUAACGCUACAAGUGCAGCACUUCGAACACGUCUGCACUUGUACACUAACACGUGCUAGCACGCACAACACCACUAUGCGUCAACUUAAAACCGGACAGGAGCAAGGACCAGACCUCAACGAGCGCUCGUGGAGCACGCAGUAGUUUUGAGAACAGUUGGACAGCUUCGGUUGAUAUUAAUUUAUGUUGUAACCACAAUAGCAACACUUCAAAAGGAGAAUAAACUUGGCAUAUAUUUAUGGAUGAGAGAAUUGAGAAAGUGAGCCAUAAAACCAUCAGGAAACGCCGCAGCGCAGAUCUCUGAGCGCGUGAACAGGCAAGGAUCGCAAAGUGGUUCCUGGCGGGAUUUUCUUGCCUAAAAGAAGAAGAAUAGCACAAGACCACAACUGACACCGUUCUCUCAAAGUAAAUGAUGUCUGGGAAAAAUAUUGGUGUCGCCACGUGGGUUCUUUGUUUUUAUAAAUGUUGAUUCGUCGAAGGCGGAGAUUGUAAAACAAUAUGGAACGAAAAAGGACUUAUGGCAUGGAACCACACUAUCAGCAUACAAGUCUCUGAACCGUAGGAUUCUGGUAAUGUUCUUUCGAGCUUGUUCUUAAAGGUUGAUGAGGACAGUUUUGCAAGAUGAUCACGGCGUUGAGGAUGGUGAGAGUGCAUUCAAAUCAGCGAAGUGCACGGUGGAUGGCAGCAGAACAUUUUUCCAUCUAGCUGCUUUCUUGCUGGAAAAGGGAAACUAUGGGGUGAUUCUCGCAUUGGACAGCAGACAGUAAAUCAUGGAUGUGAACUUCUCCACUAUUCUGGAUAGCAACGUGUCGGAGAGAGACUCGUCUAAGCGCGUUCUCACAGGCUGCUUCCUCUCUCUCCUCAUCCUCACCACUCUGCUGGGGAAUACACUGGUGUGUGCGGCAGUCACCAAGUUCCGCCACCUGCGCACCAAGGUAACCAACUUUUUUGUCAUCUCGCUGGCUAUCUCUGAUCUGCUGGUGGCUAUCCUGGUAAUGCCAUGGAAGGCAGCAACAGAAAUUGUUGGCUUUUGGCCCUUUGGCGCCUUCUGUGAUGUCUGGGUGGCAUUUGACAUCAUGUGCUCCACCGCCUCCAUCCUUAACCUUUGUGUUAUCAGCGUGGAUCGCUACUGGGCAAUAUCCAGCCCGUUCCGCUACGAGAGGAAGAUGACUCCCAAGGUGGCUUUCGUGAUGAUCAGUGUGGCGUGGACGCUUUCCGUGCUCAUCUCCUUCAUACCUGUGCAGCUGAACUGGCACAAAGCACAGACCACCAGCUACAGCGAGCUCAAUGCCACUUACGGAGAAAUCCCACCCGACAACUGCGACUCCAGCCUCAACCGGACCUACGCCAUCUCCUCCUCACUCAUCAGCUUCUACAUCCCUGUGGCCAUCAUGAUUGUCGUCUACACCCGCAUCUACCGCAUUGCCCAGGUGCAGAUCCGCCGCAUUUCCGCCCUGGAACGAGCAGCGGAGAGCGCCAAGAACCGCCACAGUGGCACGGGCAACAGCUCCGCCGUGGAGUCGGAGAGCUCCUUCAAGAUGUCCUUCAAGCGCGAGACCAAAGUCCUGAAGACCCUGUCAGUAAUCAUAGGGGUGUUCGUGUGCUGCUGGCUGCCUUUCUUCAUCGUCAACUGCAUGGUGCCCUUCUGUGAGCCCAACAACAGCGGCGACUUCUUCUGCAUCAGCUCCACCACCUUUGACGUGUUUGUGUGGUUCGGGUGGGCCAACUCCUCACUCAACCCCAUCAUCUACGCCUUCAACGCCGACUUCCGCAAGGCGUUCUCCAUCCUGCUGGGCUGCCACCGCCUCUGUCCCAGCAGCAGCAAUGCCAUUGAGAUCGUCAGCAUCAACAACAAUGGGGGGCCGCCACCACCGGCGGCGGCCAUCUGCAACCAGUAUCAGCCCAAGGAGCUCAUUCCGAAGGAGGCUAACAGCAACAGCAGCAGUUACGUCAUCCCCCACAGCAUCCUGUGCCCGGAGGACGAGGCGCAGCACAAGGAGGAGGACAAUGGGAUUAAGGAGUUUGAGAAACUUUCGCCCUCCAUGUCUGCCAAUUUGGAGAGCGACACAGAUGUCUCGCUGGAGAAGAUCAAUCCCAUCACACAGAAUGGCGCGCACAAAUCCCUUGCCUGUUGAGCCUGUUAUGUCGCUGAUGUGGUAUUUACUGAGUGAAAAAAAGACUAGAGAUAAAAAAAAGACUUGAGUUUCUCCAAAUGAGAGAAACGUGGCUGAGGGUUGUAGAGGGACCAGAAUCACCAGUUUGGGGAAUCUAAACUGAGCUUCACUGAAGACCUUAAAAACUGUUACUCUGAAAUGUGGGAAUCAAAAGAAUGUGCAAUUUGAUGGCACUUUAAACUGGAUAACUAUCUGCAAAACCCUCUCAGCAUUUAUUAAUGACAGACAGGUUUGUUAAUAAAUGCCUCAACUUGAAUUAAACGGCCGAAAUAAAAAAAAACGUGUUUUUCACGUGCGUGUGUACACAUGUUUCUUAAAGCUUUUGAAAAUGUGUAUACACGCACUUGGUUUUACAAAGUGAGAUUAAUAAUGUUCCAGAAGCCAAUGAGACAUGAUGAGAUGAGAUUAGUAUAUUAGUCAAUUACCUUGUAGGUGAGUGCUUUACUUCCACUUGUACAGGUCAAAUGCAAUUAUGAGUCUUUGGUUCAACUUGAUGUCAACGAUGUCGUGUACAUAGUGUCCAGCGUUUAUCAAAGUUGGUUAAACUAACUUCUCAAUACACUGCUAUUCGUGCUAACUAAGAGGAAUUAAAUAGAGGUGUGGUCGUAUGACAGUUUUAAUGUGAAUCCAUGGCCAUUUACUCUCUUCUAGGUGUUGUUGUUGCUGGCGAUCAGGGGGGAGUGUCAGCCAUGGGGACUUUUGUGACUUUUCCAUUUUCAGAUUUGCACUUGAUGAUACCAAGAGAAUUUAUUAUUUUCACAUGACUUUACUUCUGGGAGGACACGAGAGCAGACAGACAGAGAGGCAGAUGAAUGUGGGAACAAGGAGUACAGUGCAUGUUCAUGGAGGUUAUACUCACAUUGUCAGACUGAAUGUGAAGUCAUGUUUGUUUUGUCAUGGCCCCUCAUAGAAAAAAAUAACAGGCUCACUAACAAUGUAGGGAAGGGCUUUUUAACAGGCUAUUUUGAGAAUUUCAGUGGGUUAGAUGAUUAUUAUCAAAUGGAACUCCCCAAGCAACAGCCAGGAUUUUCAAACAGGCCAUUUUGCCUCAACAUUCCAUUGGAACUCGAUAUUAUCUCGCAGCCAAAUUCCUUUAUGAAGUUAUUGCUAGAACAGCAACUACCCUCCACCCCCACCCUUCCUCUGGUAGGAUCCAGUAGGAUCAGAGGACAGUGACAGUUUCCAGUGUGGGCUGAAUUAGCCACCCCCCAAGGGCCUCCGGGGACAGUAACCUAGCUCUCACCCUCUUUGAAGGACGACGGCUUGUUUUCACUGGUACCCUGUGCCAGUGUUGUGCAGUAAAAGGUCUCAGCGAAAUUGCGAAAUGUCAUCAAUGCAUAAUUUAAACGCAAUUACUUGUGCAAUUAUAAAAAAGAUACAAAAUAAAUGUCUGUUAGCCAGGAAAGAGCGAUGACACGUUGUGACCUCCCAUGAAUAGCUUAGACUUUGAUAUUGAGGCAGCAAUGGUUUGGUUGUGUGGCUGGUAAAAUAAAUGGAUCAGGGAAGGAUAGUUCAGUUUCACUGUUUUUCUUCUUACCUCAUGAUAAUCCUUUGGUUUUGGUCAAUGCUUGCAUUUGUGACCUUGAUAGGUAAUUUAAUUUUAAGUCAGUGGCCCAUUCAAAAUCUGAAUUGAAAAACAAGCAAAUGAUUUGAUUGUGUGUUUUUUUAUUGAAGCACUUUGUAAAUUUUCACAUCAUUCUGGCCUAACAGGGUUCUCAGUAGGUGAUUUCAUUUCUUAAAAUGUCUCCUAUUCAGAUGGUGUUGUAAUGUUCUUUUUGGCCUGUGUGUAUGUUGACAUCUUUGCAAUAGUCUUUUACAUAUAAGCAACUGCUCUAAAAUGUCAGGCCUGUAUUUGGUUGGAGAAAAGCUCUCUGGACUAGAACUACAGCAUUGUUUUUCAUGGUCACUGGUUGAAAUAGUUUAGCUCUACGGCUUCGGAAGCACAGUCCCUUGAGCACGUUUAGAAAUGCACAUUCAAGCGAGAUAUUCAGCCUUCUCAGAGUCAAGAUCGGGGCUGAUUUUGGCACCUUGAAUUUUUGGCACCUUGUUGAUGGCAAGGGCACGCACUCUCCAGCUACAUCGGCACAGACGUUCAGCAUGUUUAAUGUGUGCAUCUACGGGCUGGGGAGUCAUUGUGCUGUGCUGUAAGUCAAUGUGACAAUCCCUUAGCUGUGAGCUUGAAACAAAAGUCUACAGCUCCAAAUGCUGACCCUAUUCCCUCUGUUACAAUGAAGGCUGGAGUAUAGUACAAUGAAACUGAUGAUCUCAUGCUGAAUCAAUACAAGCAGUGAGAAAGAGAUGCAAUGAAAAGAACUUCUGUCCCACAAUCAGUAUUGGAAACCCAUUGAGCUUGGUCUCUAAAUCUAGGGAGGCAGCGUGCAGUACACAAGAGGCUCAUUCACAUCAACUCUCUCUCACACACACCUAAUCUGUUUCUUCAUCUCUCUCUCUCUCCUGUUUUCUCCCUCUGUGUGUCUUGCAGCAGUUCAUGUUGUAUCUUAACUGCCAGUUUUUUUAUGUUUAUUGAAAUUCUGCAAUGAGCCAAAUUCAUCUAAAUGAGUGCAUUUAUUGUCCACAAUUGAGCAUUAUCUCCUUUAGAAGAAAAUCCCACAGGCCUGUUGGGAGAUAUCAUGCUUAUUUACCUUUUAUGGUUGUCUGAAUAAUGCUGGUCAGGGUUGUUAUGACCCAGAGGGUUGGUUACCAGAGCUUCCAGAUCGUUCUUUGCAAUUAGGCAAAUAGUGUAACAUCUAAGGGAGCAUGCCCAGGUGAAGACUUUAUCGCUGAACCACCUCUGUCUCUGCCUUGGCUGAGGGAUCAUCUCCUUAAUCUCAUAAUUAAAAUGAAAAGAGUUAAUAACGUGCUGUGGUUUAAUGGCCGUAGAUGUAGUUCAGUGUUUUGUCAUUACUAAUAGAGAGAUCUCUGUGACUAGUCUGAUGUGUAAAUUUAGCUGCCAACCAAACCCAUCCACAUUCAUACCAAAUUUAAAAGGAAAGGAAACUUCUUUCAAUUUUUUAGCAAAAGUUACCUCGGGUAAAUGAAUGAGUCAAGGUAAAAAGCUAAUUUCUGUUACAGAGCAUUUGUCAGCCAUCUUGUCAGUAUCUCUCCUUGAGAAUAAGCUGGGUGGACAUCAAAUUGAGCCACUGGACAAUUUGUUUUUGUUAUGUCAAUAAGUUAUAAAGAAAACUAAGAAAAUUAUGUGAAGAAUUUGUUUUGAAAGAAUCAUCCCCUACCUCGGUAUUGAACAACAAAGUGUAACAUAAGUGAAACAAACUAACAAAAACAAAGAAAAUGUAUUGUAUGAUGUUCAAAUGUAGAUGUGAACACAAGUGCUUUUUAUCUUGGAAAAAAAUCCUUAAUUGUGAGUAGAUAACUAUGUGCUGUUUGUCAAUGUGGGCUUGUGGAACACAAAGAGGUGCCAGUUUAAAGAUUUAAAAUGUUCAUGUGCUGCUGUUGUACAGAAACUGUCAAGGGUAAACCCUCAACUUUAUUACAGUACCUAGUUUACAGUUUGUAUAAAAUAUGUGCUUUGUAUUUGCUAAAUAAAAGUGUAUGUACAUUUUUUA